CUCAAUGAACUGUGAUACGGAAGCCAAAUAAGCCCUUUCCACCCCAAGUUGCUUUGGUCGUGGUGUGUCGCCAUAGCAACAGAAGCCCUAUCUAGGAAACUCCGCCGUCUGACCUCCCGGGCCAUUAACGAAGCAAGUUACCGUUAGCCGCAGAAAAGGGGUUCAGCCACACGUGUCCACACGGGAAGAAAAAUAAGAGGUCUAAUGACAAGCCCUCACCUCGCCCCAGCCCGUCUUUUGUGUCCUGACAGGAGGUGUAGGUCUACAUAGAAGACAAAGAGUCUGCUUCACUAAGCAGCCCUGGUCAAGAGGCUGAAUUGAUCAACUAUUGAAAUAACUGUACUAAAUAGCCCAAGUUACAUGUAUGAACUUUUUUAUAAUAAUAAAAAGCAAUUGCUUCUUUUUUAUAGACAUCAUUAUAUACCAGAAACACUCUCAUACUUGGUAUGUAUACUUCAUCUUUUUCUCAUAUGAGAUCUCUACUUUCUAAACUAUGACUGUGAAUAUUUUGUAAACAAGAUGACUGGACCUUGGAGCUGUAGACUGCUUAAGAUCACACUCAUAGUAUAGCAGCUCAUAGGGUGAACACUCAAUCAGGGUGAAAUCAUAGUCCACGUGUCCCAACGCUCCCUCUGUUGAUGUAUCAAGAUUUAGUCUGGUGACAAAUCAGCUAAAAUAAAGAUAAUGCUGAAGUAAAGUUCCUAAGGACUUAUCUGAUCCACUGAUCCUGUGCUUGGAAGAGUCUCAGUUCCAUUUCUUCUCAACUUCCUCAUUUAAGUCUACCAAAAAGAUGUAACUGUUACUACAUACCGACAAUCAAAAAGAUGCAGGUCAAGGGGUCAAGGUUGUAUCUCAGAUGUGCUCACCUCACAUUCACAGUGCCCUGGGUUCAAUCUCAGGUACCACACAAACCAGGUUUAAUGGUAUACACCUAUAAUCCCACCACAGAGGGUGUUGGAGGCAGGAGGAUUAGAAAUUCAAGAUCAUCCUUAGCUACACAGUGUCUUCGAGGCCAGCCUGUGCUACAUGAAACCCUGUCUCAGAAAGAAGGGAAAGGAGGAGGAAGAGGAAGAUUAAAACCAAAUAAGACAUUGCUCUUGCCCUGAAAAAAAAAAAAAAGGUGCUGAUCAAGAAAUACUCGCGCUACUCUAUGGCAAUUUUUAUUGUAUAAGAAAGUGUAUUACUGUGGGAGCAAGCGCGGGAAACGGAAUCCAGCCGUGACUAGAAAGUGAUGGGAGAAGAGCGAGCGGGGAUGGCUUCUGGAGAACAUGAGAAGACAGGUCAGGGUGCACUGUGAUUGGUCCAUAUGUUUCCAAGAGGGCAACAGUGUUGGCUGAGAUUGAUGAAGACAGCAAUAGGUAAUAAAUGACUUCUCUUGCUUUGCUUUGAGAUGUGCCCUACGUGUUUCUUUCCCCAAUAAGAUGAACAGAAACGACCUCCUGUACGAUAACAAUGGCAUAAGAAAUGCCUUUUUUUCUGAGAUUGCCUUUGGGAUCUCAGCCAAUACCAUCCUCCUGCUCUUCCUUGUGGUCACGUUCUCUCGGGAGCCCAGGCACAAGCCCACUGACUUGAUAACUGGACUCUUGGCUCUGAGCCACGUAGUGAUGCUGCUCACCAUGGCCGUCAUAGCUACAGACAUUUUGGGGUCCCAGAGUUUUGGGGAUGACUUCACGUGUAGAUCAGUUAUCUCCUUGUACAGGCUGAUGAGGAGCUUCUCCAUCUGUGCUACAUGUCACCUGAGCAUCCUCCAGGCCAUCGUCCUCAGCCCCAGAAGUGCCUGUUUGUCAAAGUUCAAACAUACAUCCUUGCGUCACAACACAUGCUGCUUUCUUUCCCUGUGGACCUUCUGUACGUCCAUUAGUGGAUUCAUGAACUCCAUUGUUGCCACCCCCAACGGGACUUCACACACUCUUAUACUGGUCACUAAGUCCUGUUCUCUCCGGCCCUUUAGUGACUUCUUCAGAUACGUACUUUGUGUACUGGCUGCCUUCCGGGAUGCCGUUCUCGUCGGGCUCAUGGUGCUUUCAAGUGUGUACAUGGUAAGUGUCUUGUGCAGACACAAGAGGCGCUGUUGGCACCUUCACAGCACCAGCCCCUCCCCCAGAGCAUCUCCAGAGCAGAGGGCCAUCCGUACCAUCCUGCUGCUACUGAGCUUAUUUGCAGUCAUGUACUGUUUGGACUGCAUUGCCUCCUCCUCGAGAAGCAUGUGGAAUAGUGACCCAGCUCACCGUUGCGUCCAGAUGUUUGUGUCCAGCGGCUACGCCACACUCAGUCCUUUGGUGUUCAUUAGCACCGAACAACGUAUAGUUAACUUUUUGAAAGCCAUGCAGGGUGGACAGUAAGUGUUCGAUUAUUCUGUGGUGAACAAGCUUCCUUAAUAUGAACUAGUACAUUGGCUUAGGGGUAAUCAAUCGUGGCAUACCAUGCAUGAUCUCUGGGUUAGAUAAAAAGACAGACAUAGAAACAUUUUCUCUGUUCAACCUAUUUUUGGUACAUGCAUCAAAAAGUACACAGUCUACCAUUCAAGCUUAUGUGACUCUGAAAUAAUACAAGUUACUAAUAAUUUCAGUUGCCUGUAGUGGUAUUUGCUCAGCCCAUGACCUUGGGCUAUAAGGCCCAAAAGAGGCCAUUGUAUGUGACCUCUUAUGAGGAGUUGGAGAAGGGUCACAUGCCCCUUCACCCUGC